UUCCGUCUCACCGAUCCUGCAGAGAUGAAGUACUUGGUGUUUGUGCUCCUGGUGGCUGCCGCUUGCGCUUCUGAGAUUGAGAAGCGAGAGGCGGAGCCAAGUCGUGCUUUAAGCUAUGGCCACGGUGUCCAGCACCACGCCUACUACCCACGCACCUACUACCACCCCUACCACACCUACCACAAAAGGUCCGCCGAGCCUGAGGCUGAAGCCGAACCCUCUUACGGUUCCUACCACUACCGUCCCCAUUCCUACGGCUACCACAACAGUCCCCACAUCCACCACAACUAGAAGAGGUCCGCCGAGCCUGAGGCUGAAGCAGAGCCCUCCUAUGGACCCGUCCACUACUACCGCCCCUAUUCCUACGGCUACCAACCACACCACUACAUUACCUCCGUCCACCACCACCACAAGAGGUCUGCUGACCCCGUUGCUGAGGCUGAAGCUAGUUAUGGCAACAGGUCAUACCACCCCGUGUAUUACCACUCCUACCAAUACACCCCCUACACUCACAGCCACUACAAGAGAUCUGCCGAGCCAGAAGCUGAUCCUAGCUAUGGCCACCACCACCAGACCGUGUACCGUCCAUACCAUAGCGGAGCUCACUAUGGUUACGGCCACCACACUCACCACUACUAAGUCACUAGGUGUCUAUAUGCACUAAAGGCAUCUGAAAGAGUUUCAUAUUGAAAAUUAAUUGAAAAACAAUAAAGUGAACAUAAAUAAAUUGUA